AUGGGUCGUCCAGCACUCACAUCACGGGAGCACCUGGAGCUUUUGAGGAGCUCUGCUUUCGAAUCUGAACAUGCCUGGCUCUACGACAAUUCCUACUCGCAACAUGAGGCAGCGGCGUUGGCGCUGGAGCAACAGAUUGAGCAAUCACAUGCUAGCAUAUCACCCGACGACAACUCAGACGAGCAAGUACGCAUAAUCAAGACGCAAAUAAACAUUCACCAAGAGAGACAGAGGGCGCUGAGACCGCAUCUUGAAAGUGGGAGCGAUCAGAUUGAUGAAGAGGGGAACGAGUGUGUCUUUGUGCCCGCACCGAAUCAAUGGGGAGCGAAUGGAGACUUGGACGAGGAAAGCGAGAGUCUAUCUGCAAUCCAUAACCUCCUCACAUGGCAAACCUCAUACUCGCCUGUCUCGCAUGCUCCACUUGACGAACUCCCUUCACCUAACAUCCCGUACCAUUCGUUACUCGAUCCCACACAACCUACCACGACAUACAAUCUGCACCGCACACGAGAAUGGACGGGAUCUUCAGGCUUCAGGAAGUACAUUUACAGCGCACGCGACCACUCGAACAAAUACGCUCUAUAUAUGCUCGAAGCCACCCAUCGCGACGAUAGCCAAGUUAACGCUGCCGAAUUUUUCCGCGUCGCUGAGUUCCCACAGCCAUGCAUAUCCAUCCUUCUUUCCGGCAUCGACAAGAAGCGCAUGACGACCAAAGAUGCGGCAUACAAAUCGCGGUGUAUACAUCUGCGCGGUCCAUUUUCGCAACCGAUCAAGGAAUACCCAGAUAGGCAGCAGAAGAUCCCGUGGUCCCCGCGACGAUUUACGUACGGUGGACGGCGAUUUGUGUGGAAGCAGGGGGAUCCGAAUGACGAUGCAAUGCCAGAGACCUUGUACGAAUACCAGCAAGAUUGGGUGAAACCAGGAAGCAGGACGGGCAAGCGAUGUGAUGACGCGAAGCCAGUCAAACUAGUAUGGGGGGAAAAAAGAAGGAAGGGCAAAGUGGACAGCUAUACGAUUCAUUUCAGAGGCGGUAUGGACCAAGUGUUCAGGGAGAUCUUGCUUGCGAGUCAGAUGGCCCGGCAGGUAUGUCUCUUUACCGCCAUGGAUUGA